GGUAAGUGGAGUUUUGGUACCCAGUCGGUAGAAAUCUUUUUAAUUUACGAGAUGAGAGGGGCUUGAUUCCCUGAAAAUUCGCUUGCGAUUUGUUUGUUGAUACUUGCAUUUGUUAUGGAAAACGCUGGAAGUACGCCACCGCGAUGUCCGUGCGGAUUUUGGGGAUCUCCGCAGACUUUGAAUUUAUGUUCCAAGUGUUACAAGGAUGAAUUGCAGAGGAAGGGAAGAACAGAAGAAAAAGAUUCGGCGCGUUUAGUAAAUGAGUCUAAUGCUCAAUCGUCAAAUCUCGAGCAAUCCAAACAUGACGUUGAAAAGAAGCCUUCGACCAGUACUGCAGAAGAAGGCAACCGUGAAAUUGAACUCGGCAAUAACUAUAUAAAUUGUGGCAGUAAUACAAAAUCUAAAUUAAAAGUAGAGAGAGAUGAUCCUCAAGACACAAGCAGAGAGAAAGGAUCAGUGAACAAGGCGAUAGAUGUUCCGCUUCAAAAGAAGAGAAAACGGUGUUGGACUUGCAACGCAAAGCUUGAACUCGCUCAGAGAGAGUUGGGGAACUGUAGGUGUAGUUAUACUUUUUGUCAAUUACAUCGAUUACCAGAACAGCACAACUGUGCAUUUGACCACAAAGAGAGUGGAAGACAAGAGGCAAGGAAAAAGAUGAUCAGUCCUGGACCAAAGAAAGUGGGAAGAUCUUUCCAGAGAAUAGAUGAAUGAGGUGCAUUUUAGUGGAUCUAGGUUUAAAUAAUGUAUGGUAACUUAUAGACCAUAUAAAUGACUACAGUAACUAUUGAUUACUAAGGGCUCGGUCUAAUUUGUAUGACAUGUUGUGUUUGUGACUGAAGUAAUGAAUAAAAACCUGUUGGAUGACAGAUGAAGUUUAUCAGCAGUCAGCUCUGGCUUGGAACUUGGACAGUAGCAUUUUAUUGAAAAGCUGAUUGGAGGUUAAAAUUGUUUCCAAAGAUAUGACUAAGAAUUUUUUUUCCCUUGGUGGCAAUGUCUUGGUUUAACACCAAACAUUCAGAAAUGAAAGGUAAUGCAGGUGUGUGAAGGUCACAGAGGAAAAAUUAAAGUCAAAUCACAGGAAUAUUAUUCCCAUGACUGACCAAGACAGAAUUUCUCCUUACAAUAUCAAUACAAUAUCAACCAGAUAAGUGAUGAGAAUGAAGAAAAAUAUCAAUUUGGGGAUAACUGGUUGAUCCAAAACUAAAUUCUCUGAACUAACAUUAUAAGAAUUGUAUGGUUGACUGUAAGGAGAAUUAGAAAUUUAAUCUGGGAGCUAAAGCUGGUUAAGGAGACAGUCGAUGAACAUACAGACAGCUUUUGUAACCCUCCAUACCCUAAGAUCAAAAUAUAUAUUCUCCAUGCUAUUCUUGGUACACAUCCUUAAGUACUAACAAGGAGAAUUUGUGAAACAAUCAAGAGCUUCACUUGUAGGUGAUCAUUUCCUUUAUUCUCAUGACCUUCAUGUUUGAUUCAGUGGUGAUGCUGUAAGGAGAAAUUAGAUGUUAAUUCCUCUUGGGGGGGAAAGAGCUAAAAGUUAGGGGGGGGGGGGCUGUAAACCAAUACUGCCAUGAAAGUCAUAUUUUUCAGAUGUUUGAAAGUCACCAGCUUGAUGUGUUAGGUAUCUGGAGGCUUUACCCCACUGCAGGUUCACCUCCUAACACCUCUGCAUAUGCAAUAUGGAGUCUAAGUUUACCAAGUUCCUGUGAAAUGCUGGGUGCAACAAUGCAGGAAUGCAAGUAUUAAACUGCAAAUUGUAUAUGUGUUGGUCAUUGCUUAACAUACCUAGGAAUUUGCAUGGUCAUCAAACUUUGUCACGGUUUUGCUGCAUCAUUACAUUUUAUUUCAAUAUGUUACAAUUUUGACAGCAAACAAGUAUGUGAUGCAAAUUGAUUAAGGUGGGGGCAAGCUUGCGGCAUUGGUAAGGAGGGAACUCUCAUUGGGGCGAAACCUCCAUGAACUGAUGUGUGCAAGUUAGUGAAAUGUCAAAGAUACCCGAUUGUCAUGAGUUUAUUUUUCCUUAGACUAAGAGGGCAUUGUAACAAUUCCUGUCAUCUGAUUGGUUAUUAAUUCGGUAUGGAUUUUGCCAUCUCUGCUUAGGCUCAUGGUAAGGCUUCCAUGAAUGUUUGUUUUGGUCUCUUUGUCAGAAAAAAAAAAAUGGGUUGGUAAACACCAUGGGGUCAGGCAAUACGGGACAAUCUGUGACCCCGCACACGAAAGUACUGCCCUCAUUCUGCAGCCAUGAACAGCAAUUUAAAGAACUUAGUCACAGUUUUUCACUGCAUGGACCUCUCGGGGGUAACUAACAUAUGUGUUUAUAAAUUGUGAUGUCCCCAACAACAGGGUUUCACUUGUAAAGUAAACGAAAUUGAUUGUAAGGGUUUCAUUUACAGAAUGGAAAUAUACAUACAAAUGAAAAUUUCAAAUCUUUGACUUGAUACCACUUAGAGUGUUCAUGAUUUAAAGUGGACUGAUUAUGGUGAAUAGAGAUAUUUUGUAAGAAAUAUUUACUGUAAGAAAUUUUCCUUCGAUUUCUGGUUUAUAUCAACGAUAAAUUUUCAAAUUUAGUCAAGGAUAGCUAUCUUAAGUAUUCAUAUAUUGUGCAGUUAUUUUGUUCAUAAGUUUUAAAAAAGUAUGAUUGUUCAAGGAAGAAUGUCAAAGGAAUAAUAAAUUUAAAAGUCAAGGAACUAUUUUUCAGAUAUUGCUCCCCAGAUCCCUCAAAGUCUAACCUCUACUCGGCCAGAGUUGCUCAGCCGUAUAUCACCAGCUAAAUAAAGACAAAAAGAGCAUGUAGCGGCCGACACAAGCGAAGCAAAUUUCAACGACAACUACGAGUUUCGCUAAUGAAGACGCACUAUGAAGCGAGGAUAUAUUUUACGGAAAAGACUUCAAUCGUUUUAUUAGCGUAGUCGAGGUAUCCAAGUACUUAUCGUAAACUGAAAUAUGAAAUUAUAAGGAAGAAGCUAAGCUAAAUUCUAAGAUACGGACCAACAUUCCAAUCAUUCCGAUAUAAAAGCAAGAUCCCAAAAGACUAGCUAAAACUCUAA